AUGGCCACAUCCACUGAGCCUGUGCUCGAUGCGACCCAAUCAGAUGAGCAGCAGCUCCAGCGUCAACCAGUUCAAGGCGGCGCGUCGCAAGAUGAUGAACAGCAGCUCCAGCUUCAACCAGUCCAAGGCGGCGGAUCGCCAACAGAUCAACAGCUGCAGGAGCCCCCGAAAAAGAAAAAGACAAAGUUAAUUCGCCGAAAGAAGACCCCAGCUCGCGUGCAAGUGGAUCAAGAAUUUAUCAAGACCCUCGCUCCCGAGCAGACAGGCACCACCUACAACUUAUGGUACAAUCGCUUCGAAGGCGGCAACCGGGGCGACAACUUUGGAGUGAACACACCAGCACCAAGACGGUGCGUCAUCGCUGAAGACAGCGGAUAUACAAUGGGAGAUAAAAACGCCAGCUCUUUUUUCUGCAUUUGGUUCGCCAGAGGCACCUGCCCCAAAGGCUCUGAUUGCGAAUACCUACAUCGUCUCCCGGGCCCGUACGACAUGCCUCUCCCGACUAUGGACUGCUUUGGCAGAGAUAAGUUCCAAGAUUACAGAUCCGAUAUGGGUGGUGUAGGAACAUUCAAUAAACAAAACCGCACACUUUACGUUGGCAAAAUCCACGUCACAGACGAUAUUGAGGAAGUUGUGGCGCGCCACUUUGCAGAAUGGGGUCAGGUUGAGCGUAUCCGUGUUUUGACAGGCCGGGGUGUAGCUUUCGUUACAUACAUGAACGAAGUUAACGCGCAAUUCGCCAAAGAAGCAAUGUCGCGCCAGUCCUUAGCUAAUAAAGAGAUACUCAACGUACGCUGGGCGACAGAGGAUCCGAAUCCGGCUGCCCAGAAACGCGAGGCACAACGCUUGGAGGAACAGGCUGCGGAAGCAAUUCGACGUGCCCUACCUGCAGACUUUAUUGCUGAGCUUGAAGGUCGUGACCCGGAAGCCAAGAGACGACGCAAGAUUGAGGGUAGCCACGGAUUGCAGGGCUACGAAGUUCCAGAUAACGUUUGGCAUGCCCAGACACGACAGUUGGAGGGCCCGGCAUCGGCUCCAGGUCAGCCAGGUCAGCUUCGUCAGCUCACAGCGGCUGAACAAGGGGAAUCGAUUCAUCCUGCAAACGCACCUGCACAGGCCGCUGGGCCGCCAGAGUUAGAGUGGCUCCCACAUUGGCCCCCCUACUUUCAGAAUUCGACCUAUUCACGAGAAUUCAUGCACAGAUACAAUACCCAAAAGGACGCUAAUAAUGUGCUCAGAGAUCGUCUGAUCGCAGCGGGCAGUAUUGGAUUAAUUCCGGGUUCUCAACCCCAGCCGCGCGAUCCCUCGAAGCCUCAGAAGACCUGCCUCGUCGACUACUCCGACGAUAGCGAGUGA